GAACGCUCAGUUCUUCCUGGGAUCUCGCUGCGUGCGCUCGCCUUCACGGAUGCGGAAUCCGUCCGUGCGACCAAUUAUCGGUUCUUGACACUCACCGAGGAUCACCACCGAUCCCCGAAAGAAAUCCAAACAGUCACAGUACAUUAAACGCCGCCUUAGGCCCACAUACAAGCACGCACGCGAACUCUUGGCGGGUGAUGAAAUUCGUGGAUCUCGUUCCGUGUGUGUGAUAUACUAUUGAUUUCUCAUCGGCAACUGAAUCAUCCGUCUAUAUACGAGAUAGAGCGGCGAGAGUGGAUAGCUUACCCAAACUAUUCGAACUGCGUGGGGCAUUUCACCAUCACCUCACCACGAUGACGAAGGACCAGCAGGCCACGCCCAUUCCCGAGGAGCUGUACAAUCUCACCCAGCUAGCUGAGGUCACCUUGGCGGCGGGUCCCUUGAUCACCGCCAUGGAGAAGCCACCGGCCAGCGUGUAUGCCUCCUCGGACGACGACUCCAACUACUACAGCCACAAGGUGUUCGACCGCAGGAAACUGCGCCGCUGCACCAUCUCCGACUCGAACUCCUGCACCAGCAGCAGUGCCAGCUCCACGUCCAGCCUGCAGUCCUCGGAGGACCAACAGGGACACCCACCGGAGCACCGUCACCCGGAGCAGGGGGAGAUCCUCAACGCCAACUCGCUGCUGGAGGACGAGCACAUCUGCCCCGAGUGCGGCAAGAAGUAUUCCACGUCCUCCAACCUGGCGCGUCAUAGACAAACCCACAGGUCGAUUAUGGACAAGAAGGCGCGCCACUGUCCCUACUGCGAGAAGGUGUACGUCUCGAUGCCCGCGUACUCGAUGCACAUGCGCACCCACAACCAGGGAUGCGAGUGCCAGUUCUGCGGCAAGAGCUUCUCGAGGCCCUGGCUGCUGCAGGGCCACAUCAGGACCCACACCGGGGAGAAGCCCUUCAAGUGCGGCGUCUGCGAGAAGGCCUUCGCCGACAAGAGCAACCUGCGGGCCCACAUCCAGACCCACUCGAACACCAAGCCGCACACCUGCACCCGCUGCGGCAAGGCCUUCGCCCUGAAGUCCUACCUGUACAAGCACGAGGAGUCCUCCUGCAUGAAGAACCGCGGCGGGGUGACGGGAUCGGGAUCGGGAGGUGGAGCCUUGAGUAACAGAAGCCCCACUUCUCCAAAGCGGCAGCAGUUGGAGGUGGGAGCCUCCUCCAAUUCGGAGAUGGGUCCCGGAUCUCCUGCCCCAGUGAUCGCUCCCGAUUCGGCAAAGUCCACGCUGGCCAACAAGCUGUUGCAGAAGGAGAAGGAGCGCAGGCAGGCGGCCCUGGCCUUUCAGCACUAUCCAGGUGGUCCGGAAAUGCCGCCUUACACCCACUCCGCUGCCGCCUUGGAGGAGUACGAGAAGUUCAAGCGGAUCAACGUGAUCCAGCCGACGGUGCUGCCGCACAGGGUCUCCGGUCUCUACCCGGACCUGCACCCCAACCACCACUUUCCCUACCACUUUCCGGCCCAGGCCACGCCCACCACUCAGGGGGCGGUCGUUACAGCCACCGCGCAGGAACAGCCCGUGGAUUUCUCGCCCAAGAACAACUUCACGCACUCGGCCAAGACGAGUCCUUUCGAGCGGACCGGGAACUACGCCAUCAUGGCAUAGGACGUCCGGAGGACUGGACACCAAGCAAAAGACACCGGAGAGAACAAGAGCACUUAAGCAAUUCGAGGAGACCUUUGCUAGCACCCACUAAACACUUAAUCCAACCAAACGCCCACUUUCUUACUGUAGUCAACGAAUAUGUGAUAAAAAUGCAAAAGAGCUAAAGUACCAUUAGAGAGUAGAUGAUUCCAGAGCGCAGAGGACGUAGAGACGUAGAGCUUAUCGCAAGCGGAGAGCUAACUCAUCUCCAGUAACUCCAAAGAAGAGGUAGAUUUAUAGAGACACAAGGUUGGAUCGAUCCCCCGGUCGAUUGAUCGUUUGAUCUUCACUUAGUUGUAAUAAGAGACUUCUUAGAGACUUGCCAAGAACAGCGACAAAAAACCAAUGUAACCAGUAUUUUUUUAUAGCACAUACGACCGUCGAUCGUAAGAACGAGAGGUACUUACUGUAUAUCAUCCCGAAUCCGAUCGAACACCGCAGCAAAGCUACAAACUUUACAUAUAUACUCUCAUCUAGCAUUAUGAUUUUACAAGCAACUAGGCGUAUGUCCAAAGAUAUUUCGAUAUUUCUGCAAACAAGCACUUACUAACCCCAUUAAUCACUUCGCAUUAAGGCACCGGCCGACUUCCUGCUUCCGGCACGGAAGUCGGUCCAAAACGAGAGAUUUCUAGUCUUUAUAUUUAAAUUCGGCGCACACUCAGCGGACAGAAAGGGGCUUCCCCGAUCUCCCCACGAUCCUUUGUGCGUGUCGUUAUUUUAAGCACUUUACGGCCGCAUGUGGUGCAAUAAUUGACAUAACUGUAACACUAAUUAGCCUCUACCACAUAUAGAAAUUUGUAUAAUUAUGUUUUAGCGUUUCGUAGACACUAUCACUAUCAUGUAGAUAUCGAGAGACAGACACCCACUGCAUUUCGCACUCUCACUCAACUCGAUUCGAUUCGCUCCGAUUCGACCUACAGCUAAACGCACCAAAGAUACACCGAUUUAGAUGCAUACGCGUAUGCCUACCUUUAUAUACUCGUACUUACCAUAUACACCAAAAGAUAUAUAUAUAUACACGUAUACGUAGCUCUUAAACUGUAUUAUAGAUUUGCACAUCAAUUCGAAUUAAACGAGAGAUCCACUGAUCCCCAAAAAAUGUAACAAGUAAA